UGUCAUUCGACUCAGACCAGGCAGUGGCUAUGCCACACCAUUUCCCUCAUUUUGGCAUGCAUCCUCAGUAGCUUCGAAAGCAAAGCACCUGAGCCUCGGUCUCCCACCAAUUUGGCUAUCUUUUGAAAUUGAUGGCUAUAAAUUCAUGGCGAGGUUAAACAUUGGGGUUGUCUUUCGUCUCUGGAUUAAUCUUCAAUUAUGGAAGUUGCUCAUGCACCCACUUCUUCUGACUUCUUUGCACAUAUCCUGCAAACAAGCGUCAGAAUCAGAGACCCAUUUGCCGGAAGGUCAGUGCACUCUCAAAUAAUCAAGAAAGGCCUUCAUCUUGGCGUGUACUUGCUAAAUAAUCUUAUGACCUUCUAUGCUAAAACUGGGUCAGUUAGGGAUGCCCACCAUGUGUUCGAUGAAAUGCCCAUUAAGUCAACAUUCUCAUGGAACACUUUGAUCUCUGCGUAUGCUAAACAGGGCAAUUUCGAUGCGUCGCGUCGCCUUCUGUAUGAAAUGCCUGAUUGCGACCCCGUUUCUUGGACUGCGAUCAUCGUGGGUUACAAUCAAUUGGGUCUAUUUGAUAAUGCGAUUGGAAUGUUUGCGAAGAUGAUAUCCGAGAGAGUCCCGCCUUCUCAAUUCACGGUCAGUAAUGUUCUUUCUUCCUGCGCGGCAAAUCAAGCUUUGGACAUUGGUAGGAAGAUUCAUUCAUUUGUUGUCAAACUCGGACUUGGCAGCCACGCUUCUGUUGCAACUUCCCUGCUGAAUAUGUACGCAAAAUGUGGAGAUCCGGUUAUAGCGAAAGUUGUUUUUGAUAGGAUGACGCUGAAGAACAUUUCAACGUGGAAUGCUUUGAUUUCAUUGUACAUGCAAUCUGGGCAGAUCAACCUUGCUGCUUCACAGUUCGAGAAAAUGCCUGACCGAGAUAUAGUUUCUUGGAAUUCGAUGAUUUCAGGUUAUAAUCAGAUAGGGUAUGAUCUUGAAGCACUGAAUAUCUUCUCGAAGAUGUUGUAUGAAUCUUCUUUAAAGCCAGAUAAGUUCACCUUGGCAAGCGUUUUAUCAGCUUGUGCCAAUCUUGAGAAGCUGAAUAUUGGAAAACAGAUACAUGCUUAUAUUCUAAGAACAGAAACUGAAACUUCUGAAGCAGUAGGCAAUGCUUUGAUAUCAAUGUAUGCAAAGUCAGGUGGGGUAGAAAUAGCUAGACUGAUUAUUGAGCAUAACAGGACUUCAAAUCUAAACAUUAUAGCGUUUACUUCCCUACUGGAUGGAUAUACCAAGCUUGGAGAUGUUAAACCAGCCAGAGAGAUAUUUAACAAAUUAAGAGAUCGUGAUGUGAUUGCAUGGACAGCCAUGAUUGUUGGUUAUGUGCAAAACGGGUUAUGGAACGAAGCGCUGGAACUGUUUCGGUCGAUGGUUAACGAAGGCCCUGAGCUGAAUAGUUAUACCCUGGCGAGCAUGCUGAGUGUAAGUUCAAGUUUGGCUAGUCUGGAGCAUGGAAAACAAAUCCAUGCCAGAGCCAUAAAAGCAGGAGAAUCUUCAACAGCUUCUGUUACUAAUGCCUUGAUAGCCAUGUAUGCUAAAGCUGGAAGCAUCAAUAUAGCCAAAAGAGUUUUUGAUCUUACCAGCGGGAAGAAGGAAACUGUGUCCUGGACAUCAAUGAUCAUGGCUCUGGCGCAGCAUGGCUUUGGAGAAGAAGCCAUCAGCCUGUUUGAGAGGAUGCUUUCAGUUGGUAUGAAACCUGACCAUAUCACUUAUGUAGGAGUGCUCUCUGCUUGUACACACGUGGGAUUAAUAGAACAAGGUCGAAAUUACUAUAAUCUGAUGACUGAAGUACAUAAAAUUGAACCUACUCUAAGUCAUUAUGCAUGUAUGAUCGAUCUUUAUGGACGAGCUGGAUUGCUUCAAGAAGCAUACCAAUUCAUUGAAAGCAUGCCUAUAGAGCCAGAUAAUAUAGCUUGGGGAUCGCUACUAGCAUCUUGUAAGAUCCAUAAAAAUGCAGAUUUGGCGAAAGUUGCAGCGGAAAGACUGCUUCAUAUUGAUCCUGGAAACAGCGGCGCUUACUCAGCUCUUGCUAAUGUAUAUUCAGCUUGCGGGAAAUGGGAAAACGCUGCCAAAACUAGAAAGCUGAUGAAGGAUAGAGGAGUGAAGAAAGAAAAGGGAUUUAGUUGGAUUCAUAUUAAGAAUAAAGUUCAUGCAUUUGGAGUUGAAGACGUUAUUCAUCCACAGAAAGAUGAAAUCUAUAAGUUGAUGGAUGAGAUUUGGGAGGACAUCAAAAAGAUGGGGUUCAUCCCUGACACUGAAUCAGUGCUUCAUGACCUUGAAGAAGAGGUGAAGGAGCAGAUUCUUAGAUAUCACAGUGAGAAACUUGCUAUAGCAUUUGGUCUUCUGAGUACACCAGAGAACACUGUGCUGAGGAUUAUGAAGAACCUUAGAGUUUGUAAUGACUGCCAUUCUGCCAUAAAGUUCAUCUCCAAGCUUGUAGGAAGGGAAAUCAUUGUGAGAGAUGCUACUCGAUUUCACCAUUUUAAGGAUGGCGCUUGUUCUUGUCGGGAUUAUUGGUAGGCGUAAUCUUAGAGAUUUCAUCCACAAACGAAUACUCGUUGAUAUGACAAAAACACACACACCAAGCAUGAGAAAACCAGGACUAUAUUACACAUCAUCCAUGGUUUCUUCCAAGAAGAACACGGAUAAUUGGGCCAGGAAUGGGCCUGGGUUAGGAAAGGCCCAUACCACGGCCUUGCUGCAAAUAUAAGCUCAUCGGGUUUUUUUUGUUAAAUUAAUAGAUCCUUUCAUUAUUAUUAAUUUAUUAUCGACGACGUCUUGUUUCUUUUUUUUUAUAUAUUUUAUUUAAUUUAUGAUUUGAAUAUGUUUGGUCUGAAGAUAGAGUCGUUGAGAUGCUUAAAGUUGGAAGGCAUAUUAAAUUUAAAUCAUAGUUUAAAAGAGGGGGGAAAGGCGACGGAGACUUUACGGAAAAAGACAAUUUUGGUUGGAGGGAGGGUGGUAUGUAAUAAAUGGAAAAGGCCGUUGCUG